AAGACUGUCUCUGCUUUUUCAACUGAGUUUGCAUCUAUCGUGGCUGCAGCAGUUGCUCAAAAUGCUGGAAUCAUGCAGGAUUUACAGACUCUGUGCUUAACACAUGAUGAUGAAUACCGAUCGGAAUACGGAAAUGAAAACACAGAUAUACGACUUGAUGGUACCAAGCACGAUGAUGCGAUUGAUGAGAUGGCCUCAACGUUAAGCGAAGCAAACUUUAAAACUAAGCUUGCGUCAAUAUUAGCUUCAGCCAUUGCGCAUGAUGUUAACGAUCUGAAGAAUCUUUGCAAGCAUCAUGGAAAUGAGUUCAUGGGAUCGCCAGAAAACCAUUCUUUAAGAACAGUAUCAUUUGUUGAUGAGACAAGUCAGGCAAACAACACAUUACAACAUACGGCAUCGUCGACCAGCUUCUUUGAAAUGCAACUGUCAACAAUAAUAGCUUCAGCAAUUGCCAAUAAUAGUGAAAGUAUCCAGGAGUUGCGACAUCUAUUUGAACAAUCAUAUGCAUGAAUUGGG